AUAUUGGAAGCAUCAGGAGGAGGAAGAGGAGGACGAGGAGGAGGACGGAGCCUGCAGCUGGUGUGCAGGUCCCGUCAGAAACGCCAUGGCCACCGCGCGGUUCCCCGGGAAGAGUGCGGACGUGGCUGUCAACUGGACGGCUGUGGCGCUGGGCCGGCCGGUGUGCGUCAACGGAACCCCGUGGAUCCUCUACCUGUUGGAGGAGUGUGUGGAGAAUGUGUGGGAGUACUGCAGCGUGGUGAUCGGUCUCGUGUCCAUGUUCUGCUUCCUGCUGUCCGCUCUGCCGCAAUUCUAUGAGGCCUAUCGGAACGGUAAAGUGGAAGAGGCCAUGUCUUUCGGCUUUCUCUUCUUCCUCUUCAGUGGAGAUUUGACCAGCUUUGCAGGCUGCUACCUCACCAGCCAGCUGCUCAUUCAGAUAGUCACGGUGGUGUUCUACAUCGUCACUGACCUGAUUCUCAUUUCCCAGUUUCUCUACUAUAAGAUCAAGAACAGAUCCAGCAGAAAAAGCCCUGUGUUGAAGUGGCUGUGUUUCAUGUGGUGUGGCGCUGCUACGUUAGUUCUCCUGGCUUUACCCAAACUCAUCGUAGACAAUAGUGCAACUUUAGACACCCAGAGUCCAGCUACCUCUAAAUCGGUGGAAAUUACCGGCUACAUAUGUGGAUACCUAGCAUCUAUAUUCUACCUCAGCUCCCGUUUCCCCCAGCUUUAUAAAAAUUUCCAGAGACAGUCUACGGAGGGCACCUCUUACCUCCUGUUUGCCCUGGCCAUGAUGGGCAAUGGGACAUAUGGGUUUAGCGUCAUCGUGGUGCUGCCUGCCCUGAAGGGCUCCAAGCAGACUUUCAUCAUCAAACAUCUGGCCUGGCUCAUCGGCAGCCUGGGAGUCCUCCUACUUGACUUCUUUGUGACCGCCCAGUUCAUCAUGUACAGGAAGAACCACCCUGCCAAAGGCAGCGCGCUACUUCGCGUCCCAGAGGCGGAGCCUCUGCUGUGUGAGGAAGUGGAGCUGUCAGUGUUGUAGGACACUGAGUGGACACCAGCAUGUUCCACGCACGUCAAGAACGGACUGCUCGGUCCACGAUUUGUUUGAGAUCCUUCUGUGGUGACGAUUCCCUCGUUCCACCGUCAGAGAACGGAGGAGACGUUGCAGUAGCAUUGUUCCAGCAGGCAAUUCCAGCGCGCCUUUAUCGUCAUAGUUUUAUGCCGUUAAGAUGAUCAACUCUUGUGUUACUGUGGUAACCGGACAAAAAACACCUACAGUACCACUUUAGAGACGUUUCUGUCUGUUUCUCUCGAGGCAGGCGAGUAAGCAUCAGUGAAAUAUUUUCCCGGUGAUGAAUACGGGCAUUUUUGAUACAUUUCCCCACUCGUAUUACUUGAUUUUUUGUUUUGGCUGGAAUAGCCGCAUUUUGUAUCGGCCAUUGGGGACCAAACACACCCGGAGGAGGUGCCAGACGUCUCUUCACAAACGCAAGCUUUAUGGAAGAAUGAAGUGCCUGUUAUAUUCACACAUUAUGGAGAGGGUAUAUGAACACUGCUGUGGAGGAUUGCAUUAUUAUGCAUGGUAAAUUACAUUUCUUGCCUGAUUGGGUUUUUGAGUGCCAUAAAAUACAGAGUUUGUGAGAGGAGAGUAAGGGACAGUGAUGUUUUUCUGUGAACUUGGCAGAUUGGGUGAAUUUUGAGCAUUCUUUUCUUCCUGGAUGGUCUACUUUGCCUGAAAUGUACUUAGCCAGAUAUGUUUUUUGUAGCAGGGGGGGGGGCAUCCCUCCACCUGAAACACGCUCAUCUACAGGUGUUUAAUGACCUAAUUUUUUUUCUGGAGAAACGCAUUCAUGCCUUGAAAAAAAGAGAGAAGAUAAAUAGUCUUAAUAUAAAUGUUCUAUAGAUAUAUAUUUAUAUAUAUAUCCAAGUCGGAACUAAAUGAUUUUAAAAUCAAAUAUAAGUUCGAUCUUUUGAAAUACUGGCAGUGAUUUUUGUAUUCUUUUUACAAAAUGCAGUGAAACAUGCUUUCUCUUUUUUCCCUGUCUUAUUCCUAAAAUAUGAUCUGCCUCUGUAAUUGUUAUGAUCAGCAGUAACUGUUUUCUUGUAAUAGCGUCCUCUUCACUUUAGUAACAUCUUCAAACACAUUCUUUGAUCAAGACGUGACCUUUUGAUGUGAUAUUUUCAGUUGGAUCCAAGUAUAGGAACAAUAAUGAGAUGCUCUUGAAGACUUGUUGAAGCAAUGAGGCUCAACAUUAUUUUUUCAGAUUCUAGGUGUGUCUAUCCUGUUACUUCUGUUUUAAUCAGAGUAGAUAAAACAUUUAUUAUUCAUAAACUUUUUUUUUCUAUCUUUUUGAUCGUUCAAAGAGCAAAACGAUCAAAAAUAGACAAUAAAGCAGAGCAAAAAAUAAAACAAAACAAAUAGGCUUAUUGAUGAAGAGCAUUUUAAGUUAUUGGACAUGCGUUUAGCUCAUUAGCGAAACUGCUAAACAGCUCGUCGAUGUUGGGACAAAUGUUACACUGUGUGUGUUUGUGUGUGUGUGUAAGAGUGUGUCUGUGUGGUGCGGCAUCACUUUACUCGCAGAGAUUUGCACAUCUCUCUACCUCAUUAUAGCGUGGACAUGAUUUGAUUCUCCAGAGUAAAUGAAGAGCCUGUGCACACACGCUGCAUACCAUUAUUUUUUUAUUUGUUCGCAUCCAAAGAACAAUGUUUUUAGAAAAUGAUAGUUAAGUAUAUGUUGUUCAUGAUCAUCCCAAUAGCAUGUCUGGCUGCUAAGUUGGACAGCUGAUGCAAUAAUGUAGAAAUAUGUGGAUGUUGGGGGAUUUCUUCUGACUUAUUUGCAAAUAUAUGCAAGUAAGAGUCAAAUUUUUUUUGUUUUAUAUUGCACGAUUCAUACUUUCAUCCCUUUCCAAAUCCUGAAAUAUGAGUGAUAUAGUUUUUCAAUCUCGCACAAAUAAUGAAAUAUUCACUGUAUAUAUUAUUACUGUAAACGGUAGAACAUGUUGCAGUUGUUACUUAUUGGUCAGUGUUUUGCUCUUAUUUAUUUAUUUUCUUAAAGCCUUCAAUGUCCAUUUGUUUUUUUCAGGUGAAAUGCACAUGACCAGUUAUAUUGUAAUUCGAAGCUCCGUACCAGGGUAUCUGUACUGACAAUGUCUUCUGAUAUUUACUGUAUAUAAAACCUUGGUAUGUGUUAUAAUCACUGUAUAUACAAUUCAAUAUGCUAUAUAUAUAUAUAUAUUGUUAUAAUUGUGUACAUAUUCCAUUAUAUAUAUAUAUAUACAUAUUGUAUCAAACUUUAAUAAACGGCAAUAUAAAGAAUA